UACUGCACUGUACUUUACUUUUAGUAGCCUUACAUCAGUUGGUUUCGGAAAUGUUGCUCCAAAUACUGAUGCAGAAAAAAUCUUUACCAUAAUUGUAAUGCUGAUUGGUUCCUUAAUGUAUGCAAGUAUAUUUGGUAAUGUUUCUGCAAUCAUUCAAAGACUUUACAGCGGAACUGCAAGAUAUCACACUCAAAUGCUUCGUGUUCGAGAAUUUAUUAAAUUUCAUCAAAUUCCAAAUCCAUUACGACAGCGUCUAGAGGAGUAUUUCCAGCGAGCUUGGACAUAUACCAAUGGUAUUGACAUAAGUAGUGUUUUAAAUGGCUUUCCAGAUUGUUUGCAGGCAGAUAUAUGUUUACAUCUUAACAGAAAUUUAGUAAAUAGUUGCCGUGCUUUUGAUGGAGCCAGCCCUGGAUGUCUCAGAGCACUUUCACUUAAAUUCAAGACUACUCAUGCACCUCCAGGUGAUGUUUUAGUUCAUCGUGGAGAUGUCUUACUAUACGUAUAUUUCAUAUCAAGAGGGAGUAUUGAAAUUCUAAAGGAUGAUAUAGUUAUGGCCAUUCUAAAUAAAGAUGACAUAUUUGGUGAAAAUCCUUGUGUCUACUCCUCUAUUGGAAAAUCUUCUUGUAAUGCCUGUGUUCUUACUUAUUGUGAUUUGCAUAAAAUUCAUCGUGACGAUCUUUUAGGAGUUUUAGCUUUGUAUCCCGAAUUUUUGUCUCAUUUUAGCCAGAAUCUUGAAAUCACGUUUAAUAUGAGGGAUGAAGACCAAAUUGGAGUAGAUCCCUUGAUACUCCAAUUUCCUAUGAGCUCACCAAAAGACAUUAACGUCAAGGGUAAGAACGUUGCUCUCUGUCCACUACGGUAUCGUUACAACGCAAUUGAGAUGCUUGGCUCUAGUUGCUUAUCUGCAUCUUUUCCAGAUAACAUAAAAGUGAAGUACAAUUGUAAAAGAAUCCUGCAUGGACAGUUGAAUUCUGCUCUUGAAGACCAAAUUGGAGUAGAUCCCUUGAUACUCCAAUUUCCUAUGAGCUCACCAAAAGACAUUAACGUCAAGGGUAAGAACGUUGCUCUCUGUCCACUACGGUAUCGUUACAACGCAAUUGAGAUGCUUGGCUCUAGUUGCUUAUCUGCAUCUUUUCCAGAUAACAUAAAAGUGAAGUACAAUUGUAAAAGAAGUUAUUAA